AUAUGAUAUCCCACUCGAGGUCUGUUGGGUCUCGCUAUCGAAAACAGCGUUUCCCUAGGCCGGAUCGUCGUAGAACUGUUGCUGCUUUUGACGCCUCAUGCGUUGAUGAUGAUUACGAUUCGGGUGACGAAAAUUGUUAUUCUCUAACUAAGCGCCCGCGUGAACAUGAUUCUCCUAACCUGCCUAUGAACAGAUCAGUCAAACAGGGCCUAAAAAGUAUAGAAACUAAGACUGCUGCGGUCCAGUCUUUCUCACGGGUCGAUAAGCGGGCAAGGGAUGAACAUAAUGAGCAGGAGAGGAGUAGGCGAAGAGAACUUGCUGUAAUAUAUGAGCUCAUCCGAUGCAGCUUGGUUCCCGAAGAUCUAAAGCGCUUAGACCAUGGAAGUCAGGCCAAAUCAAUCUCUAAGCUUUCUUAUCCCCAAGUUUUGCAAAUUGCUUAUCACGUUGUUAAGGAAGAGCAGCACCACUUGCUUUUGCUUGAACAAACCAUAAACGAUAUUAAGCGCUUGGAGAAGGAGCUUGCCCGUGCCGGCCUUCAUGUUCCCCCGAGGCCUCCCUAUCCUUCCAUAACUGAUUGUUACAAAAAGGUUGUCACCGUUGUCGACGAGGUUCUACGACACGAUAAAAGCGCCCGUACCCCAAAUGGCGUCUACGAUAUGACUCCAGCACAGAGAGCCGCUCAGGGUGAUGAGGAAUUGUUCACUUAG